AUGUUUAUGCAGCGCUCCGCACUAGCAGUUGCUCGCCGGGCAGUCGUGGCUCCCGCCGUGCGCCGCACCUUUGCGACGACGUUUAUCCGCCGUGAAGCCGCUGUCCCCGAAGUUCAAGCCCCGAAACUGAAGUCGCUCGCUGAGGUCAAAACACAUGAUGACCUUCUCGGGCCCGGUGCCCAGGUCGGUACCAUUCCAACGGACCUAGAACAAGCAACCGGCCAAGAGCGUCUUGAGAUUCUCGGAAAGAUUGAGGGAGUCGACAUUUUCGAAAUGCGCCCUCUAGAUGCUUCACGGAAAGGGACUGUCGAGAACCCCAUUUUGGUCCGCUCUGCUGGCGACGAGCAGUAUGCCGGCUGCACCGGCUACCCGGUCGACUCGCACAACGUCAUCUGGGUCGGCAUGUCCCGGAAGCGUCCGGUCGACCGAUGCUCCGAGUGUGGUAGCGUCUACAAGAUGGACUAUGUCGGCCCCCAGGACGACGGCCACAGCCACGGGCACCACCAUGGCUAUGAGGAGGCCAAGACGUUUGCUGAUUACGUUAAGCCCGAGUACUGGUGA